AGUGGUGGAAGUACAUUUGUUCUUGCUUCGCAACUUUGACCUUUGUCCUGUCCUUGUGAAAAUAAACAUGUCACAUAACUCUGCUGAUAAGACUGCUAAAGCAAGACCCUUCAAAGACUUGAGCAAAGCCAUGUCUAGCCCCAAAGACGUCCUUUGGGCUCGCCAUUGUGAUCCUAAAUUGUGCUCAACCGACCCCAUUGCCGCAGAAUCAACUUCUGGAACAUUGCCAGAAUGGCUUUCAGGGGUUCUAUAUCGGACAGGUCCGGGGGUGAGGAAGUUUGGCAAGGAUCAGUAUCUCCAUGCAAUGGAUGGCUUGGCCAUCAUCCAUGCCGUGGAAAUCCGAAAUGGUCAAGCCAAAUAUCGGAGUCGAGCCUUGGAAUCGGAGGUGCUUCAAAAGAACUCUCAUGCCAAUCGGAUCUGUGUCACUGAAUUUGGCACGUUCCAAACGCCAGAUCCGUGCAUGACCAUAUUGGGAAAGUUCAAGAACCGGUUUUUGACGAUUCCAAAUCUUGAGGAUGUUACCGACAAUGGUGCAGUAAAUUUGUACUUCCACGGUGAUGAAUUAUUCACCUCCACCGAAACCAAUAACAUUCGUCAAGUGGACACAUCCACUCUUGAGACCGUGAACGGAAUCACCCGCCACUCCCAAAUGAAUUCCAACAUCGUCGUCCAAAGAGCAACAGCCCACCCACAUUCUGAUCCUGAUGGUACCUUGUACAAUUUUGGCUGCGGAAUGCGUUGGGGCCAAAUAUAUCAUAGCGUUAUCAAAUUUCCACCCCCAACUACAGACUCUCAUGGGACUAGGCUAUCAUCCCACGAUCAAGCCGUCCGUGUUGCAGAUGUACCCGCCCGUAGUAAUUGGAGCAUACCUUACUUCCAUAGCUUCGGAAUAUCUGAAAACUAUUUCAUACUCCCGGAAUCACCAAUGACUAUCAACGUCAUGAAGGCCAUUUUGAUGAAUGUUAAUCAAUCCCCACCUGUUGAAAUAUUCGAUUGGGAUCCACAAGGCACAUCCACCUUCAUCCUGGUAAAAAGAGACUCUGGGCAGGUCCAUCCCAUCCGGUACAAUGGACGGGCUUUUGCAUGUCUUCACCACAUCAACGCCUAUGAGGAGGAAGAUCAACUGAUCGUGGACAUGUGCGUAUCAGAAGGGACCGUGUAUUCUAGACUUUAUCUGGAAGCCAUAGAAAGAGAUGCGGCCAAUGUUCCCCCCUCAGAUCCAAUUCGAUUUGUCUUACCACUUAAAAUGCCGGCUAAUGUGGAGCCGGGUGCAAAUUUGGUCACCUUGAAGAACACCAAAUGCCGAGCUUUCAAGGAGUCGGGAAGCCUAAUGAGGGUGACGGAGGAGGCUUUGUCACAGAAACGAAUGGAUAUGCCGCAGAUUAAUUACGCUGUGAACACCAAACCGUAUCGUUACUUCUAUUCCGUUCAAGUGGAUGAGGACAAUCUAUCUUUCACAAGGCUGUACAAGAACGAUGUUGAGACCAAAAGUUGUGUGGGCAUCUUUGAAGAGAAGAACAUCUGGGUAUCUGAACCCGUUUUCGUUGGACGUCCAGGUUCAGAUCAAGAGGACAACGGUGUUGUCUUAAGUCUCCUAGCCAAGAAAGAUGACCCGACCUACGUUGGCCUUUUGACCUUGGAUGCCAACACCUUCCAAGAAGUGUCUCGAGUCAACUUCAAGACCAAGGGACCUGUUACCCCUUCCUUGCACGGGAUAUUCAACAUUAGUGCCGAGAGGGUAUUUCAAUGAAGCACGAUUUUUUAUGUUAAAAAAGAUUAAAAUAAAAAUAAUCAAAAUCAA